UGGGGGAGGUGAUUGAGAUGACAAGGUGUAAUAUGUGUUAAGCGAUGGCAAUGGAUAUCUUGAUGGCUAGAUAAUCUUGAAAGACUCGUCUAGCCAGGGGAGCUUGUAGCCACCCCUUUUCAUGAUGACUUGCUAUGCGUGUGGAUCCUGUCAUCGCUUGUUCAUAUUCACUUUACGGGGCGACCAAUUCCCGACUUCAGCAGCGGUAUCGGAAUAUGACGAGCGAACAAGCAGAAUUGCCAGGUUCUUCCCUCGCCAGGUUCAAGAUAUUCGAAAUCGAGAACAACAGGCUGAAUUCAGAUUCAGGAACGCAGUCAGCGAAUAUGAUGAUAUUAUCACAUCGAAGCGGAAACUUCUAGAAAAUCAGACAAUCAAUACACUCCUUUUCGAUACCCA